UCUUUGUUCUUUGUGUAUAUGAGCUUUUGAGAUUUAUCUGGAACUGUGAAGUGGGAUUGGGAAAGAUAAAGUUGUGGUCUUUGUCAUCUUUCUAAGUUCUCAAAUGUUCAUGUUCUAUUCCUGGGCUAGUGGUUCUUUUUCAUGGAUAAUAGAUAAAACAGUGGAGUUAAUUUGCUGAGCUAAGAAGUGUUGAAGUAAAUUUCUGUAUAUCACUUUGGGAUCAAGUUCUGCAAUUUUUGGAGAGAAUCUUCAAGAAUGGAAGAAAUACAAUCCCACUCAGAUCAUUAUAGGUCUUCAUCAUCUUCAGCAAGUAGUCCUGCAAGUAGGGUACCCUCAAGUAAUUUCUUUUACCUAAGAAAACCUGGGAUACUUAGGCAACCGAUAUCCUUUGAAGAUUCCCCUGACUGGGAAGACACUGAUAUUGAGGCAAAGUUGGAUGAAGGAGGUGACUCUAUCCAUGCCGCAACUACCCCAGCCUCUCCAUCCCUUUCGAAGCUUAAUAGUGGAUCACUGCCGUCCCCGCCUUUGGCAGAAGGGGCAGUUAUAACAAGGAAGACUGCUGGGGCCUCGGUAGCAUGGAAGGACUUGACUGUUACUAUAAAGGGAAAGAGAAAAUACUCUGACAAGGUGAUCAAAAGCUCUAAUGGUUAUGCAUUGCCGGGCACAAUGACUGUUAUAAUGGGCCCUGCUAAGUCUGGGAAAUCAACUCUCCUUAGGGCCCUUUCAGGAAGGUUACCUGAUCCGGCCAGAAUGUAUGGUGAGGUGUUUGUAAAUGGUGCAAAGUCACGCAUGCCAUAUGGGUCCUAUGGAUAUGUUGAAAGAGAAACUGCUCUUAUAGGAUCUUUGACAGUGCGUGAAUUCCUCUACUACUCAGCAUUACUUCAGCUGCCCGGUUUCUUUUGGAAGAAAAAGAGUGUGGUGGAGGAUGCCAUCCAUGCUAUGUCACUGGGAGAUUAUGGUAAUAAACUUAUAGGUGGCCACUGUUAUAUGAAGGGUCUUCGAAGCGGUGAGAGAAGGCGUGUCAGCAUUGCCAGGGAACUUGUGAUGAGACCGCAUGUUUUGUUUAUAGACGAGCCCCUUUAUCAUCUUGACAGUGUUUCUGCACUCUUGAUGAUGGUUACACUGAAGAAACUUGCAAGUACAGGAUGCACUUUAAUAUUCACCAUUUACCAGAGCAGUACAGAAGUAUUUGGCCUCUUUGAUCGAAUAUGCCUCCUUUCAAAUGGCAACACACUGUUCUUUGGAGAAACACUGGCUUGCUUGCAGCACUUCUCAAAUGCUGGAUUUCCUUGCCCAAUCAUGCAAAGCCCUUCUGAUCAUUUCCUGCGGGCAAUAAACACAGAUUUUGACAGGAUUAUUGCAAUGUGCAAAAAUUGGCAGGAUGACCAUGGAGAUCUAUCAUCAGUGAAUAUGGACACAGCUGUUGCAAUACGUACCCUUGAAGCAACGUAUAAAUCCUCAGCAGAUGCAGCUGCAGUUGAGAGUAUGUUAGUGAAGCUCACUGAGAAGGAAGGUCCGCCUCUCAGAAGCAAAGGAAAGGCUAAUUGUGCAACACGAAUUGCAGUAUUGACUUGGAGAUCUUUAUUGAUCAUGUCAAGGGAGUGGAAAUAUUACUGGUUUAGGCUGAUUCUCUAUAUGCUUCUAGCGCUCUGUAUUGGCACUGUAUUCUCUGGGUUGGGGCAUUCCUUGUCCUCUGUUGGGACAAGAGUUGCAGCUGUAUUUGUAUUCAUUUCGUUCACCUCUCUUUUAAGUAUAGCUGGAGUACCUUCUCAUACAAAAGAAAUCAAGAUAUACAGCUGUGAAGAAUCGAACCGGCAUUCUGGGGCUUUUGUUUUCCUGCUUGGGCAACUUUUCGCCAGCAUCCCGUUCUUGUUUCUCAUAUCCAUUUCGUCAAGUCUUGUCUUUUACUUUCUAGUUGGUUUGCGGGAUGAGUUCGGGUUGUUGAUGUACUUUGUGCUGAAUUUCUUUGUGUGUCUCUUAGUAAAUGAAGGAAUGAUAUUGGUUUUUGCUUCCAUCUGGCAAGAUAUCUUCUGGAGCAUAACGACAUUGGUGGUGGUACAUGUGGUAAUGAUGCUUUCUGCUGGCUAUUUUAGAAUUCGAAGUGAUUUGCCUGGACCAGCAUGGAUGUACCCGAUAUCCUAUAUAGCAUUUCAUACUUACUCUAUCCAGGGACUCUUGGAGAACGAGUACAUCGGGACGUCCUAUGCAGUCGGGCAGGUGAGGAGCAUAUCGGGCGAGCAGGCUCUGCGAACCUCAUACAACAUAUCCGAGGACAGCAACGCUAAAUGGAAAAACUUACUGGUAUUGUUUCUUAUGGCUGUUGCAUACCGCACUGUUGCUUUCGUUUUACUGAAGUUGUGCGUUAGGAGAAAUGUGGCGGGGCGUACACUUUUCUGCUGUAACAAACAUACAAACAAUCCCAAGUAA